GAAGUCCCAUGAAGGCAGGAUUUUAUUAAACCCUGAGGGGCUGUUACCAUGCCAGAACAUGGAGACAGGAAAUACUUUUUCAGGCUCAGGGAUUUGCCUCUUGCUUGUGGAUUUCAGUAGUGCUGGCAAAAGCAGUGGACAACAUGGAGACUGGAAAUACUCUUUCAGGCUCAGGGAUUUGCCUUUUGCUUGUGAUUUCAGUAGUGCUGGCAAAAGCAGUGGACGACACGGAGGGGAAUACAGCCGCUUCUGAGAAAGCCAUCCGUCAGUCCCAGUCUCUGUGUGCUGGGGAAAAGGAGUAUGUUCACCAGAGGAAACGAGUAGUUCUGGAGUCCCUCAGCAGCCUGGGAAUCAACUGUACUACAGAUUCGGUUCCCCACAUCGCUCUGUUGGCAUCAGGUGGGGGUCAGAGGGCAGCUGUGGGUCUGGUCGGUUCCCUCUAUCAGAUGGAAAAGGAACAUCUGGUGGACACGCUGCUCUACCUGGGAUCAGUUUCUGGGUCAACAUGGUCCAUGUCCUCCAUCUACAGCGACCCACAGUGGAGCAACAACCUGGAGACUGCAGUGUCCAGGUGGCUGUCAAGCCCUGAGGUUCAGCUUGAGGAAGCUUUGGCCUGGUUGGGUGAGAGGGCAAAGGAGGAGCAUUUCUCUCUCAGCGAUGUCUGGGGGGUUUUGACCUCUGCUGGGAUCAUGAAACAGAUGGACCUACGACGUCUUUCAGAUGAGGCCAGCAGAAAUGCCACCAACCCUUACCCCAUCUACAGCGCCAUAGAGAAGCACUGCUACUCACACGGGCCCAUAGAAGGGAAAUGGUUCGAGGUGAGCCCGCACGAGGCUGGUUUCACAGAGUUGGGACUUUUCGUCUCAACGUCUCUCCUGGGCAGCACAUUUCAGAACGGAGAGCUGCUGGAGGAGAAGCCAGAGAUGGACAUGGUCAAACUACAAGGUUUUCUAGGUUGUGCAUUGGCUCAUGAGGAGACGAUCAAAGACCUCAUCCCUCCCUGGCUGAAUGUGCCUGGACAGAUAGACGGCGCUGCUGAAGACUACCUGCGUGUGUACAAUGCUCUUGAUAAACUUGUAGGCCUGACCAGAAGCACCAUAAAGGAUCCUACCGCUCUGUCUGACCUGGACAAGUUGCAGAAAAUACUAGAAGAUAGAGACAUGCUAAAUCAUAAUAAGUCAGUGUGGCUGGAGUCCAAGAGUUCGGAGGAAAGAAAAAGUAUUUUUGGCCAGUGGAAUCUGGAGCUGCUGGCGGCAGUACAGACCUGGAGCCAGAGUCUGGAGGACGGAGCUUUCAAAACACAUGUCUCUCUGCUUACUAAGCAGGUACUACCCAUGAUUAUGAAAUGGGAGUGGGGAACUACCGGGAACUUCCUCUACCAAUACCAAGAUUCCACGGUUCCACCUUACCUCCGCUCUACAGAGAGAUUCCACCUGACAGAUGCCGGGCUGCUGAUUAACGUAGGAUACCCUUCAUUCCUGGGAGAAAAGAGAGACAUCGACCUCAUCAUUGCACCGGAGUACAGCGCUGGAAACAUGUUUGAGACUCUGACUCUUGCCAGAGACUAUGCAGCCGAGGUGAAGAAGCCUUUCCCAGAGAUAGACGUCAAAAUCCUGGAGGAGAGAGACUGGCCAAAGGGCUGCUACGUGUUGGAGGGAAAAGAGAAGGAACCCACCAUUGUUUACAUGCCGCUCUUCAACAGAGACAACUGCAAAGAUGCAGCGGAGUUCAAUGCAAAGAUGGAGGAGUUCUCCACCUUCCAGCGUCCCUACAGCCAGGAGAAGAUUGAGUUUGUGUUGGAGACGGCGAAAGCCAACAUAAAGACCAACAAGGCAACUCUGCUGCGGGAGAUCGAGAAGGCUGUUCUCUGCCGACACAACAAGAUGUAGGGUGGGGGGGGAACCGGAAUCUCACAUCUUGGUACAGCGUGUGAUCUCUGGGAUCAGUGUGUCUCUGUGUGUCUGAGCCUGUGUGAAUUAGGGAUAGACGGACUAUCGGCCAUGGCUGAUUAUUGGCCUGUUUUUGGCAGUGUGCAGAUUAUCUGUAUCUGCGUUUUAUUUGCCUGAUAACCGAUGAAGUUAAUGAAUUAA